AAACGUAAGUGGCUUUUGAUUGGCUACCUGCUGCUUUCACCUUCGGUUAUGUUUAAGUAAAAAUCAGUGGUUAUUGUCAAUCAUUAUCCUGAGAUUUCGCAGAACUGACACCAGAAACAGCGAUGGCAAGUCACGUCAAAAGGCAGUCCGGAAAUGUGGAGAAUGACAGCGCAUUAGCAGGACAGUCAGCUGGAGACAACAUAACAGAGACUGAUGCCAUUAAUCAAAGUGUAUUUACAAUGGAUCCUAAUGAGGAGUAUAAGAUGGCCUAUAAGAGACGAGGACUCGCUCUUAUCUUCAACCAUGAAAAUUUCUAUUGGCAUCUCAUGUUGAACCCCCGCUCUGGCACCACUGCAGACAGAGAGAACCUCAAGGGAAGAUUUAAAGAGUUGGGCUUUGAAGUAAAGGCUUUCAAUGAUUAUAAACGUGAUCAGGUUUUGGAAGAACUGAACAAAGCUGCUGACGCAAAUCAUGCGGAUGCCGACUGUUUAGUCUGCGUCUUUUUAAGUCAUGGAGAAAAUGGCCACAUCUAUGCUUAUGAUGACAAGAUUGAUGUCGAUGAAAUCACUGCUCUGUUUAAGGGGAAUAAGUGUCAUAGCCUAGCAGGGAAACCCAAAAUCUUCAUCUUACAGGCUUGUCGUGGUGACAAACACGAUGAUCCAGUGGUGCCAAUGGAUGUGACGGACAGUGAAAUGGUCAACGAGGUGGAAGUGGAUGCAGGGGUGCUAUAUACCCUUCCAGCAGGGGCAGAUUUCAUUAUGUGCUACUCAGUGGCUGAAGGGUACUAUUCUCACCGUGAGGUUAUAAGGGGCUCAUGGUACAUCCAGGAUCUGUGUGAAAUCCUAAAACGCUACGGUUCCACAGCGGAGUUCACCGAGCUCCUGACGCUUGUUAACAGAAAAGUUUCCUACCGCAGUGUGGGCAACUGCAACGAUCGCAAGGCCAUAGGGAAAAAGCAGGUGCCUUGUUUUGCAUCCAUGCUCACUAAGAAACUGUUUUUCAGGCCUAAAAAAGAAUAAAAUAGAAUAAUAGCAAAAAAUGGAGCCAUGACUACAGAAAUCGAUUCAGGGAUUUUUCAGCGUAAUUUUUUUUAAAUUCCUUGUGAUCUUAUCUGCAUUUUUUAAAUUCUCUCCAUCGUAGUUAGGUGGUUUUACUUGUUUUAGCCUAGAGGUUUGACAGGGUUAGGGUAACAAACAAUUGUCCAAGUUUUUUAUGUUUAUAUUUUCGAACCCAUAGAUGUUUUUCCGUAAUUUAAAAAUCGCAUAUUUGUAAGUGCAAUGUACUAGAAUAUAUCAUGAAAAAAUUUAUUCCCACUUGAUUUAAGAUAUAUUUAAAUACUGUGAACUAAAAUAAGAGAAAAUGUAUGCAAUGCAACGAUUGAGUACAUACUUGUUGUUGAAUUGUACUUGGACAUUUAAAGUAUCCGCUAAAGUAUCUAAAACAUGUAAUAUAAAGUGUUUUCAAGGAGCCUGCAAGCCAAGUUAAAAUAACUAACAGUCAUUUCACCAGUAACUGAAAGGGUCCUUCAUAUACCGUGUGGAUGAUAUUUUGAUAAUCUAUUCAUUACGUGUUAGUACCUUGUUUUUAGGCUGAAAGACAAGAGAAAAGAGACAAAAAAACAAGAACAUCCAGUUACACGGCUAAACAACUUGAAAUUCCCUGAACGCAUACCUACAUCACUACCAGCUAUUUAUACACACUACUUAGUCAUUUCCAUUGUCAAUGAAUUUAUGUUUUUUGACUGUACUUUAAAUGUAUGUCUUAAUGUGUAAAAGAAUCAUAGGGUGGCUUACAUUUUCAGAGAUUCAGAGAGUCAUUUCUUUGCACGAACCACAAAGAUACAAUACAAUUUCUUGUGCUUGUUGCGACACUGUGCCAUAUCUUUUGACCUUUUAUCGUGUCUGGCAUGUUUUAGUAUAUUUUGUAAAGAAUAGCAAUAAUUAUGAAAGACAAACUGAAUGUUUGUCUAGAAAGACUCACUAUUGCACCUGGUGCUGUAUAUGAUAAACCCAUUAAUUUAGCCCUCUUGUUGUAAAACACUACUUUUAUAGCAUUUGUUGAACAAAUUGUCAGUUAAUGAUUACUGUGUUAACUGUUUAUAUCCCUAUACUAAAUAAAUUAUGUACUUAAUGUCUAUUUGAAUGUCAGAGAAAGCAAAAAAGUGAAUAUAAUGUAUUCUUUACUAUGGUACUUUCCCCAAUACGUUUAAUUGUAUUCCUGUUGGAACAUGGAUCAUUGAAAUUUGCAUGAAAUAAACAUUUAAAGAUUGUUA